AUGGAGUUUUCACCUUCAUCCGCGACUUCAGCGAAGACACCUCCUGUCCCGGAGCUUGGCCUCGAAUGCGGAGACCACCAGGAAGUAUCAGGGUGCGAAAAUCCCCGAGACUGGCCUCGUGCUAGGAGAUUUAUUUUUGUAGUCGGUGCUUGUAUUGCUCCGUUCGCUAUGAUCUACGGCAAUUCUAUUUAUGUUGCCAGUAUACCAGGAGUGAUUGAGAGGUUCGGAGUCUCAACCACUUUGGCCAUCUCGCCAAUUUCAUUUUACUGUCUGGGUCAGAUCAUCGGGCCCCCAAUCGCUGCGUCUUUCUCUGAAUUCUUUGGGCGGAAAUGGAUCAUGCGAAUAUCAAUCCCAAUGGCCCUGCUUUUCACCGCGCUAGGCGGGGCAGCAAAAAACUUCGAGACUUUAGUCAUAUAUCGGUUCCUGUCCAGUCUGGCUAUAUCUCCCGCAGGAACCGUUAGUGUGGGAAUCGUCAAUGAUCUCUGGGACGUCGCAUUGUCUAAAACCGGGACCUUGCUGGCCCUGACCGUUGCAUUGAUGAAUCUCCUUCCCGCCGCAAUUGGAUCCUCCACAGGAGCUGCUCUCGUCACGCUAACAGACGACUGGCGCUGGACCUUUUGGCUCAAUGCUAUUCUCCUUGGUGGCAUUGUGCUUCUGACCUUCCCUGUCCCGGAGACGUAUCACCUGUACCUUGCGAAGAAGCACAAUAAGAACAAGGGCGCCUCCGUUUCUCCGAUUAACUACAAGAGAACCCUACGCAUGGCUUUCACUCGUCCACUGUAUAUGCUCCUGAUCGAGCCCGUCGUGUUGCCCACGUCCCUUGCUUGUGCCAUCCUUCAGGCUAUCCUAUUCUGCUGGUACAUUGCUUACCCGGUAAUAUUCAAACGUGUCUAUCAAUUUACCGAGAAAGAGCAAGGGCUCGCAUUUCUUCCUAUUCUGGGUGGUAAUAUACUCGGCGUCCUUGUCAUCGGUAUCUGCGACAAGCUGAAGUAUCAGAAAGCACGGGAGGCUGCCAUAAAAACGGACACCAAAGUUGAGCCUGAACUGAGGCUUAUCGCAGCUUGUAUUGGUAGCGUUACUGCACCUGUCUCAAUUUUCUGCAAUCUUCUAACAUUACUACAAUCAGGCUUGCAUGGACUGCACGACCGGAAAUUACAUUGGAUUGCUCCAAUGUUGUCAGGUGUCCUCUUCGGGAUUAGCCAUGCCACUGUUGCCAUGUCAUAUACCGUAUACAAAAAUGACAUCUACGGCGCAGAGUACGGUGCAUCCGCCUUCGCCGGAGAAGUGAUGCUUCGAUAUGUUCUUUCCGCUGCUACGCCCCUGUUCUGGGUGCAAGCCAUGGAGAGGUUGCGUAUCAAUUGGUCGACCUCACUUCUCGGGUUUAUUUCUCUUACACUCGUCCCCGUUCCGUGGGUGCUGAUUCAGUAUGGCCCGUAUCUAAGAUCGAAAAGUAAGUAUAUUCCUGUUGGGUUGGACCCACGUAGGUAG